UCGACGCCGCCGCUCGUCGGCGUCAUCAUGGGCUCCGACAGCGACCUGCCGGUCAUGAAGGCCUGCUGCGAGAUGCUCGACAAGUUCGGCGUGCCCUACGAGUGCACCAUCGUGUCCGCGCACCGCACGCCGCAGCGGCUCUGCGAGUACGCGUCGGGCGCCAAGGCGCGGGGCCUGCGCGUCGUCGUCGCCGGCGCCGGCGGCGCGGCGCACCUGCCGGGCAUGGUCGCGGCGAUGACGACGCUGCCCGUCGUCGGCGUGCCCGUGAAGACGUCCGCGCUGUCGGGCGUCGACUCCCUCUACUCCAUCGUGCAGAUGCCGCGCGGCGUGCCCGUCGCGACGGUCGCCAUCGGCAACGCGACGAACGCGGGCGUGCUCGCCGCGCGCAUCCUCGCGUCCGCGCCGGGCAUGGACGCGCUCGCGGCCCGGCUCCAGGCCUACGCGGACGCGCAGCGCGACGAGGUCCUCGCCAAGGCCGCGACGCUCGAGGGCGCGGGCCACGCGGCCUACCUCGCC